AUGUCAAAAGACACGAAGAUUUUAGAAAGUGAAUAUGACAAGAAUCUACUAAGACCAACUAAACGUCAAAAAUUAUUAGAGAAAAGACAACGGCAUAAAGCUCUAUUCAAUCAAUUGUAUGAAGCAGCUGGUGGUGGUCCUGAAGCAACUGCAUUUUACGAUAAACUAGUUGCUGCACGUGAAGCUCAACAAGCCUUAAAUCAAGAAGUGUUAAAAAGUCUACCAGAAGAAGUUGCCAGUCGCUUGGAAGGUUUUCCCCCGGGAGCUUAUGUUCGUAUUGAAAUUAGAGGUGUUCCAAGUCAGUUUAUAAAACGUUUUGAUCCUUGUCAACCAUUAGUCGCUGGUGGUUUAUCAAGUGCUGAAGAAGCCUUUGGUCAUUUACAAAUACGUUUCCGUACACAUCGUUGGCUAAAACGUGUUCUCCGUUCAAAUGAUCCAUUGACUGUAUCUAUCGGUUGGCGUAGAUAUCAAACUGUUAGUGUCUUUUCUCAAGAAGAGCAUAAUUUACGUAAACGCUUUUUAAAAUAUUCCCUGCCGCAUGAACAUUGUCUAGCGACUAUUUAUGGUCCAUUAGUUCCACCGAAAACCGGUGUUAUCGCUUUUGUCAACUCUGCAUGGCAAUUGAUAGAUGAUCCAAAAAAUCCUUAUCUACCAGCAUUUCGUGUUGCUGGUACCGGAACAGUUAUUGAUUCGAAUAAAUCAUUUCAAAUAAUGAAAAAGUUAAAGUUGAUUGGUGAACCGUAUAAAAUAUUCUCUAAAACAGCUUUUAUUCGUGGCAUGUUUAAUAGUUCACUGGAAGUGAGUAAAAUGAUUGGUUGUCGAAUACAAACUGCAUCGAAGAUACGAGGCUUGAUCAAAGCUGCCUUGACUAAUCCGUCAACAUCAAAACCUGGUGAUUUUCGAGCAACAUUUGAAGCACAAAUUAGAAAAGCUGAUAUCGUUUUCUUGCGAACUUUCUUCGCCGUUGAACUGCCUAGGUAUUAUAAUCCUGUGCUGAAUCGAUUAGUCCCUAUUGCUGGUGAAAAGUCUACGCCUUCAGGUGGCGGCGGCUGGCGGCUACUACGUACACUAGGUGAACUGAAAUGGGAAGCUGGCAUUAAAACAGAGAGUAAACCAGAUUCGCAGUAUAAACCAAUUAAUCGUCCAAUCUAUGUGCCUGCACCUUUACGUGUACCAACUAAACUAGUCGCUGCACUUCCAUUUGCGCAUAAACCAAAACCAUCUCGUAAAGAAGCACUAGCAAUGCUUGGUGGUGAUCCUGUAAAAGCUGCACUGAACGCCGAAUUACCACCACCUGUGAAGACAAUGGAUGAAAUGGAAUCUGGCGAGUCAAGACAAGAGGUGAUUGCACGUCUUCGUCAACUGCACACUGAUUUCCUACACCGUCAAAAAGAGAAAAUGGUCAAUCGGGUGACAAAACAUAAAAAACAAUUGGCUAAAGUGAAUGCUGUUAAAGCAGUUAAUGAACGUAAACGUCGGAAAGAAUAUUUUGCGCGUAAAUCUGGUGGAAAACGAAGUCGUUUUUCUAAGGGUGGUGAUGAAUAG